CGUUGAGCUUAAUUUGCUGAAAACACUCUCUCCUUCCCUCUGCUCUUUCUUUCUCUGCUGCCUACAACAGUACAGUACGCUCUCGUAGCGGCAGCAACCAGCACAAGCGUGUGCAGUGCCUCCUCGUAGCUUCGGCUCUCAAUAAAACUGGCCAUUUAUCAUCAAUCAUGGCCGCCGGAGUACAGAUUUAACUCUCCGUCUUCUCCUCCCUAUCGACUUUUAAAGGAGUAGGGGGGAUUUCUGUUUGAAGAAGACGAAAUAUUAUUAUUGGCCCCACACGGAUUUGGAUUUCCUCCUGGAAUUACAGUACAUCUCACAAGGGAAAUACCAUUCAUGUCAAAUCUCCAACAUGCAGCCGCCGCCGAGGAAGGUCAAAGUGACGCAGGAACUAAAAAAUGCUCACACGGAGCAGAUGACAAGGCUGCACUUUAAACAUCAAACUGAAUGUGACCUGCUGGAAGACAUGAGGAGCUACAGUUUGAAGAAAGGACAGCUGGAGAGGGACUAUGCACAGGCUCUGCAGAAGUUAGCAAGUCAAUACCUAAAGAGAGACUGGCCUGGAAUCAGCCCCGAUGACCAGAGAACAGAUUAUAGGAAUGUGUACGCUGUUUGGAGAGCUUACUUAGAGGGAACUGUUCAGGUGAGCCAGUCGAGACUGAAUGUUUGUGACAACUACAAGAGUCAAAUAUCAGAACCUGCCAAGACCGUUAGACUCUAUAAGGAACAGCAGCUCAAGAAGACUAUUGAUCAGUUGAGUGGUAUUCAGGCAGAGCUGCAGGAGUCGGUGAAGGAGUUGGCGAAAGCCAAGAAGAAAUACUAUGACUGCGAGCAGGUUGCACAUGCCGUACGAGAGAAGGCCGACAUAGAGGCCAAGUCCAAACUUGGACUUUUUCAAUCAAGAAUUAGUUUACAGAAGGCAAGUGUAAAGUUGAAAGCAAAGAGAAGUGAUUGUAACUCCAAAGCGACACAGGCCAGGAAUGACUAUCUGCUAACGCUAGCUGCUGCAAACGCCCAUCAUGACCGCUACUAUCACACAGACCUGCUGCACUGCAUACAGGACUUGGAUGGGAGAAUCUAUGAGCAUGUGAAGGACUACCUGGUGGCUUUGUGCCGCACUGAGCUGGAGGCCUCGCAGGCCACUCACAGCACCUUCCAGUUCCUCUUAGAAAAAUCUUCCAGGAUAAUACAGGAGUUCAACCAGCAGUUGUUCAUGCAAGAGAACCCCGUGUUUCACAAGGCGCACGACUUCCAGUUCCAGGCCAGCGAAUAUGACAUGACUCUGAGCUCGGUGCAGCAGCUGGUGGACAUUGAGCCGUCGCCCGUCAGUGCCAUGAGAAUGACCCUGGCACAGAGUCGUCAGCUGGAGUCUGAGUCCGGAACAACCGAGGAGCACAGUCUGAACAAAGAGGCCAGAAAAUGGGCAACCAGAGUGGCCAGAGAGCACAAGAAUAUUAUUCACUGCAAGCGAUCUCUGGAAGAGUGUGAAAGUCAUGGCCUGCCUCCCACUGAGCAGGGCAGACUAGAUCUGGAGCUUAAGAUCGAAGACACCAAAGAGAUAAUGCGGAAAGCAGAGACAAUAAAGUUGAAAGCUGAGGCUCGAUUGGACCUUUUGCGGCAAGUUGGAGUGGCUGUAGAUACCUGGCUGAAGAGUGCAAUGAACCAGGUAAUGGAGGAGCUGGAAAAUGAACGCUGGGCCACCUACACUACCCACGAUCCCUCACUGUCGGGUACAGUGGACUUGGAGCGUGAAGAGGGAGAGGAGUGUGAGGAGAACAUGGAGGUCUUUGACGACAGCAGUUCCAGUCCCUCGGGAACCCUGCGCAACUACCCUCUAACCUGCAAAGUGCUCUAUUCCUACAAGGCAUCUCAGCCGGACGAGCUAACCAUUGACGAACAGGAGAUGUUGGAGGUCAUUGAAGAUGGAGACAUGGAGGACUGGGUCAAGGCACGCAACAAGACGGGUCAAGUGGGCUACGUGCCAGAAAAAUACCUCCAGUUCCCCACUUCUAACAGCCUGCUGAGCAUGCUCCAGUCCCUGGCCACGCUGGACGCUCGAUCACACACCUCCUCUAACUCAACUGAACCGGAGCUCCACUCUGGCUGCAUCAACGGAGACACAAACAGGCUGACAAGGACAGCAUUAAUCAGAGAGGCAGGCAAGAGAACCAUGGUACUUCUGGAGGAGCUGCAGAUUCACCUAUCAGCUGCGUACGUCCGUGCACUUUACGAUUACGAAGGCCAGGCGGAAGAGGAGCUCUCCUUUUCCGAGGGCGCCGUGAUCCGCCUGCUGAACCGCGAUACUCAGACGGACGACGGCUUCUGGGAGGGCGAGCUGAACGGACGGGUGGGGGUGUUCCCCUCCGUGCUGGUGGAGGAUCUGACUGAGAACGGGGAGACGAGCGGCGGAGCACUGAAUGACGCACAGAUUUCUCCAUCUUCAAAGUUGCCGUCUUCCCUGCCGCCUUUGCCUCUGUAUGACCAGCCUCCCAUCAGCCCUUUCACCAGCCCGGAGACCUCCACUCCCCCUCCUCUGCCGCGAUCCCCCUCCACUGCACUCAACGGGGAGCACAAGCUUCCUCUGCCGGCCUCCUCACACAAGGGACAGCUGUCCUCUCACAAUCAAAGCUCUGGCAGGAGUCCAGUGUCUCCAGGAUUUCCUCAGACUCAGCCUCUACGAUUCACAGCUGAAGGAGGCGGACCGGGUAAACUACGGCCGGUGCGAGCCGCUCCGCCUCCACCCAAACAGCAACCGCGGCGACCGCAUGAGAAAAGCGACAAGACGGAGGAAGUGGAGAUCACGCUGGUGUGACGGACGAGCCUGGCGGGUUGAUGACGUUGCACAAAAGACGGAAGCAGACCUUGAUGCAGUGAGCGUGAACUCGCUCUGGACUGAUGCGAGCGCAAAUGAAGCGAUGAGAAGUCAAUUCGAUCGAACCACACCGACACUGCCGGACGCUCUGCAUCUUCUCUCAUCCCCGAGCCGAGGAAGAGAAGGAGCAGGAAGCCGGAAUGCUUGGCGUGUCCAAUUGAAUCAGCUCCAUUUUAGCCCCCCUAAUGAAGUGCAGCAUUGGGUUCUUUUGGCCUCCCCUGUCCUUAAAAACGUCGCCUCACACAGCAAGUUAGAGCGGGCUGAAGAGAGGAUGGAGAGAUAGGGAACACUUAUGGAUGGGGUCUUUUGAAGCGCGCAAGAUAUGUAAGGCAGUUCUUCUCUGCACUAAAUCCUGGAGCAUCAGUAACAUCACAGAGCCCAAAACUGGCAAAAUAUUUCAAAAGUCAAGCAAAACAUACAGCUUGAGAUAUUUAUCACGCUAUUAAAAUUUAUUUUCAGGUAUAUUUAAAGCUCACCAAAAAACUACAACCGUGGUAUCUGAUUGGUAAAAUUAGGAGCAAAAGUUCAAAUAAGUUAGUAGUCCAUGAAGCACAUCGGACUGGAGCAGCUGUUGUUGCUUUACUGGCAGCAUUUCAUUUAAAUCUGUCAUAUUUUUAAUUGAAAUUAGCUGACGUCUUUGAUUGAAAUCUGUGGGAAAAACAGGAAAACUACAAAUUCAGGUUAACUCGGUCGUCUGGACGAGCUUUAGGUCACCAAACAGUCUGAGAACUGACAGUUACAGCAAAAGGUUGAUGGACAUUUACCGUGAACAUAUGUUCGUUUUUGGCCUUUAUUAACAAUGAGUUUAAGCGACUCUUUCUUUCAGAGGUGGAACAAUUCUAGUGAUUUUUUUUUUUCCUUUUUUCAAACAGGGAGUUGGUGCACAAGUUUGAGUUUAUUGGAAUAAGUAAUUGCCUUCUCAUGAAACGAUUGUGACAACAUACUGAGAAAAUUAAACAAUAAAAAAAGGAAUGUGCCUCAAAAACGCAAUUAUUCCAUCUUUAUGUGCAACAGUGCACAUACCAGCUCACAUACACAUUUAACCCUAGAAAUAUUUGGCUAAAUAUCCCGUUAGAGAGUUUAACUUUGUUCCUUUAAUGACCAUCAACAAACUUCUGAUAUAAUUGUGGUUUGAUAUUGAACGACUCCUUUUGGCAGAAAACAUAGAGGGUCUGUAAAUUGGUUGGCUUCCAGGUUCGGGUCCAGCUUUGAAGAUGCCCCCGUACGUUUUCAGACGGGUUGAGGUCAGGACUUUUCGAAGGGGAAUUAAUGCUAGCCAACAGUUUGUCCCGUUGGCGAAGCAGUUUGGGAUACUUCUGACCCUGUGACGGUCAAACCCACUUGUGUGCAGCCAAGUCUCGCUUUUGAAAUUCGUUUAUUUAGUAGUUGUUGUGUGAUAAGCUCACCCAUUUGAAUUCAACCUGAAAGGCUGAAAAUGAACACAAUACAUGUUUUCCCACCUUUUCUCAGGGACCGCGUCUGAUGUUUUGCAAGUUUUGAGGCUCUGUUAAAAAAAAAAUAAAUAAAAAAAGAGGAGAUGUGAGGUGGGAUAAAGAAAAAAAGUCAACUUUUUGUCGAGGUGUUUCAAAGUGCAGAGCAGUGCUGAGGGACGUGGACAGAAAACACAGACGGUGGGUUUACUUCCGGCCUCUCUCUCUCGCAUAUAUAGUCAUUAUCAUUAUACGUAUUUAAUGUGUAUUAGUACAGUACAUUACUGUCGUCAUAGGAAUGUUUAUGCACAUGGUUUCAUAUAGACUAACUGAACUGAAUGGAAUACCCUGUCUGAUAUGUAGUGGAAGUUUUAUCUUCAUCAUGUACUGAAAAGGGUGUUGUAAAUAACAGCAGGAAGGAGAGACGGAAGGAGAGAGAGGAGGAGAAGCAAGAGCCGAGGGAGGCUGGAUCCUCUCUUUUCUUCUGCUCACCUCUCCUCCCGUCUCUGCUUCACGUCUCUCCUCUCAACGUUCGUUCUGUCAUUGGGCAGUCGGUGUGAAUCAGUGGCUACAUUAUACAUACAUACAGUUACACUAUAUUACACACACGAGUUGUUAUAUCUUCUCUCAUUCUGUGCGCUGUGUGGUUUUCCUUUUAAAUGACUGAUCGAGGAAAACUGCUGGUGCUUUGAAACGCACCGAAUCUGUUGGUAUUCACUAUGUGCUAGUAAAAAAAAAAAACAAACAAA